AUGCUACUUGCCCCUCUUUUGUCGAACCAGGUUGUGAUUUUUGGUACGUCGUUCGCCCCCCGAGACCCCGUCACAUUUGUUAACACCCCGCCAAUAGUAGAGUCAAAGGUCGCCACGCAGAAGAAAAAGUGUGACGAAGGUCGUCCCAUCUGCGCGCGAUGCAAAGAGACGGGCCAGGAAUGCGUCUACGGGCCGCUGAGGCCGCGUCAACGGAGGAGCGCGGAGGGAUCCUCGGCGUCGUUUCAGCAGGGCGGCGCAGCAGACGCCCCCUCCUUGCCCCAGCCAGCACUUGGCGACGACUGGCUCGAUGCGGAUUUCCUCGACCUCAACUGGCUCGGCGCGGAUUUCUUGGGCGACGAGCUCGCGGCUGCCGCUGAGGAGUGCGACCGCGCAAGCCUGGGCCGGCCGCCGUCGCCGUCGCCGCCGCCGUCCUCCGCCGUCGCGCGCCGCCACUACGCGGGCGCAUUUUACGCCACGCCGCACCUGGAGCUCAACAUGCCGCUCUUCUCCGAGUUCACAACCAUCCGCGGCCGGCGCGUGCUGCUGGACCACUUCGCCAACACGCUGUCGCACCUCAUCGUGCUGCGCGAAGACGGCGGCAGCAACCCGUUCCAGCAGCUAGUGCUGCCCAUGUCUCGACGUAGCCCCGCCGUCGCGAGCGCCAUCUACGCGCUGUCGAGCGCGCACCUCGAGUUCCGCGGCGCGUCGGGUGGCGAGAAGUCGAGCAUCGAGUUCCAUUCCGAGGCUGCGCGCAACCUGGCGAACCUGAUUGAGCGGGGCGCAGAGGGUAACCAGAAUGAGCUCCUGGCGGCGGUCAUCUUGCUUAUUUACUAUGAGGUGCUGGUCCAUCGAGAGCGGUCGCAGAUUGUCAACGGGCAUUUGAAAGGUGCCAUGGCUAUUUUAAACCUCGGUCCCGCACCGUCGGAUCCGACAAGAGCAUUCCUCGAGCGUGCUUUUCGCUUUUACGACGUUAUUGCCGCGCUUUCCUUUCGAACGCCGACACUAUCUAGCUUGCUAGCGCCUGGGAAUACGGAUCGGUUCCUCCCCGUUGACAGCCGGGGCACCUCGCAGCCGGCCGGCAGCGCCGACGCUCUCCUCGGCAUGGCGACCUCGCUGUGGCCCAUUGUGCACCAGCUGUCGAACCUAGGCGCGCUAAAGGAUCAAGUUCUCCAGGCAGAAUCCGACCACGACACCGUGAAAUCCGAACAGCUGCGCGCAGAGCUCGAGUCUACCGCAUCAACCAUCGAAGCGUCCCUCAUCGCAUGGGAGCCAGAGCUGUCGCCCGACCAGGCCGGCACGCUACAAGCCGGCACGUCGUCCGCCGGCGGCGCCAUCGCCGGGAUCCUGGACAACGCGCGAGCGUACCAGCACUCGUCGCUGGUGCACCUGCACCGGAGCAUCCUGGGCGCGCGGCGGGAGGACGCGACGGUGCAGGCGCACGUGCGGGCGAGCCUGCGGUUCUGCGUGGGCACGGUGGAGAGCGCGGGCCCGAUGGGGGCGCUGCUGUGGCCGCUGUUCGUGGCGGCGUGCGAGGCGCGGCUGACGUCGGACCGGGCGCUCGCGGAGCAGGCGUUUGCGAGCAUCGACAAGCAUCAGGGCAUGGCCAACAUUGGGCAGUCGUGGCGGAUUGUGCGCGAGGUAUGGCGGCGGGCGGACGAGAGGGCGGCUAAUGAUGGGCAGGGGGAUGAGGGGGAGCCGGCGCCGCGGAACGGGGACGACGAUGGGGAGGGAGGAGUAGCGGAGCUUGGCAUCGAUCUGCAAAAAAGUAGUCUUGAGGGGUUUAUGAGGGGGCCAGAAUUUGGAGAGGAAGAUCUGUGGCGGAAGGUGUGUAGGGAUAUGGAGUUGUCGGUGGUGUUUGGAUAA